GGGCGAUCGCGGAAGCGGCGGCGGCGGCCGCCGCGCAGCAUGGACGAGCGGCAGGCGCAGGAGCUGCUGGGCUUCCUCCGGCCCGAGGCCCGCGGGGACCUGAAGGGCCGCGCGCUGCGCUUCGUGCUGGGGCUGACGGGGGGCGCCGAGGGCCGCCGCCUCCUGCUGGCCCGGCCGGACCUCCUGGCGGCGCUGCUGGCGCUGACCGGCGAGCCGAGGCCGGAGCUGGCCGAGCCGGCCUUCCACGCGCUGCUCAACCUGGCGGCGGAGCCGGGGGCGGGCGGGGCGCUGCGGGCGGGGCUGCCGGACCUGCUGCGCCGCCUGCUCGACCCCGCCUUCCCGCUGCCCGGCCUGGCCUGCGCGCUCCUGGCCAACUGCUCGCGCGAGGAGGGGCCCUGCCGGGAGCUGCUGGCCGAGCUGCGGCGGCGGGGCGGCGGGGUCGCGGGGCUGGGGCCGCUGCUGGAGGCCUUCUGCACCCAGGACCCGCGGCCGGGGGCGCCCUGGCACCAGCUGGGCGCGCUGCUGGGCAACCUGAGCCAGCUGCCGGAGGUCCGCGACGCCCUGCUGGAGCGCUCCGGGGGCGCCGUGCGGAGGCUGCUGCCCUUCAUGCAAGACGCGGGCUCGGCGGCCCGGCGGCGCGGCGUGGCCGGGACGCUGCGGAACUGCUGCUUCGACCCCCGGCACCACGAGUGGCUGCUGAGCGAGCAAGUGGACCUCCUGCCCUUCCUUCUCCUGCCCUUGGCCGGCCCCGAGGAGUUCCCGGAGGACGAGAUGGAAAGGCUGCCCCUGGAUCUGCAGUACUUGCCGGCUGAGAAGCAGCGGGAGCCGGAAGCUGACAUCCGGCAGAUGCUCCUGGAGACCCUUCUGCUGCUCACAGCCACCAAACCGGGGCGGCUCCUGGUGCGAGAGAAGGGCACCUACUUUGUCCUGCGAGAGUUGCACAGGUGGGAAGAGGACCGUGGGGUCCGCGCUGCCUGUGAAAAGCUGAUCCAGGUCCUGAUUGGGGAUGAGCCCGAGGCUGGGAUGGAAAACCUGCUGGAGGUGAAGAUCCCCUCAGAGGUGGAGGAGCAGCUGCAGCGCCUGGACCAGCAGCAGCAGGAGGAGGAGGAGGAGGAGGAGGAGGCCUUGCUGGGAAGACUUGUAUGAAAGUGGAAGGAGCCCCCCCCCCCCCCCCCCCCCAGCGGUGAGCGAGAAAGAACUUCCUUCUUUGUGGCUGGUCUUGGCGUUUGGGCACCAAAAUCCCAGCCCCUCCUUGGCUGCCAAAGGUGCUCCUUGGCACAGCCUCGAGACUGAGGGUCCCCUGAAGGCCAUUACCCUGCAGCCUGGGCAAGCGAGAGCUGGCAUCCCUCCGGCCCCAGGAAGAGGGGAGGGAAAGUGGGGGGCUGGGGCUCCCCUCAAUAAAGGCUGCGGGGCACUUUUC